CUUUUUCUUUUUUUUUUGUCCUUUUCUGAGCUGCUUUGAAAACAGGAUGGACGAUUUGGACUUGUUCAGCGCGUUUGAUCGGUCGAGCUCAGCCGCACCACCGCGCCAGACCACCAAUGCGCGGCGCACACGCAGCGACGCGGACGAGGGCGGCAUCAAGGCCGAAGCGGAGGACGCGGCUGUGAUGAUGGACACGGCGCAGGACGAGGCUGGGGCUGCCACGCCGCGGGGCCGCAAGAACAAGCACAGCAGCAGCAGCAGCAGCAGCAGCAGUAGCAGUAGCAGUAGUGCUGUCAAGAGCGAGAGCGCAGACGAAGGCGGCGACGCGCGUUCCAAGCGACCGCGGCUGGAGCACCAGGACGAUGCUCCACAUGGCGAGGACGAGCGCAAGCAGCCCCGCUCAACUACGACGACGACGACGACGACGACGACGACGACGUCUACUACAAGUGCGACGAAGAAGAAGAGCGCUAGCAAGGCCAGUGCUGCUGCAAGCGCCCGGAUCAAGGCGGAGAAGGCAUCGGAGGCAGCGGAUGACGACGAGGCGAGCAGCCGUGAGGACGACGACGAAGACGACGAGACAAGCGAGACCGACUCCAAGCGACCCCACGGCAUCACCGCCAAGCAAGAGCCCAUGGACGAGGUCGAGUCUGCAGAAGCACCGCUGCCGAUGGCGGCGCACUUGACCUCGGUCGAGGACGCGAUCGACGAGGAACUCACCGUCACCCCGCUGUCCACCACCAUCAUCAAUGUCGAGACGACAGAGCGCUGCACACACGAGGUGGCGAUUCUGACCAGCGCAGACUAUCGGCCGCUGUCGGACGCGCGCAUGCCUGCCACCCCGGCCAAAAGCUACCCGUUCACGCUCGAUCCAUUCCAGCGCGAAGCUGUGCGCUGCCUCGAGCACCACGAGAGCGUGCUUGUGUCCGCACACACCUCUGCAGGCAAGACUGUCGUGGCCGAGUACGCGAUCGCCAUGUCGCUGCGCGACAAGCAGCGUUGCAUUUACACGACUCCGAUCAAGGCCUUGUCCAACCAAAAGUACCGCGAGCUCAAUGAAGAGUUUGGCGACGUCGGUCUGAUGACUGGUGAUGUCACCAUCAAUCCUGGUGCUUCGUGCUUGGUGAUGACGACAGAAAUUUUGCGCUCCAUGCUCUAUCGUGGUAGUGAGGUCAUGCGUGAAGUCGCCUGGGUCAUUUUCGACGAGGUGCACUACAUGCGCGACAAGGAGCGAGGUGUGGUUUGGGAAGAGACAAUGAUUCUGCUUCCCGACAAUGUGCAUUAUGUCUUUUUGUCGGCAACCAUUCCUAACGCGCGCGAGUUUGCCCAGUGGAUUUGCCAUUUGCACCGUCAACCGUGCCACGUCGUCUACACGAGCUUCCGUCCCACGCCGCUUCAACACUACAUCUUCCCUGGCGGCGGCGAGGGUCUCUACCUCGUCGUGGAUGAAAAGGGCGAGUUCCGUGACGACAAUUUCGCCAAGGCCAUGGCUAUUCUUGCCGACACGCCUGAGGCCAACGCGCUUGCCGCAUCCGGCAGCAGCAACAAGAACAGCAAAGGCGGCCCAGGCGGGAAGCGCAAGGGCGCCGGUGGCACGGGCGGGCCCUCGGACAUUUUCAAGAUUGUCAAGAUGAUUAUGGACCGCAGCUACCAACCUGUCAUUGUUUUCAGCUUUAGCAAGCGCGAAUGCGAAGAGUACGCACUGCAAAUGUCCAAGCUCGACUUUAACAACGACGCCGAAAAGAAGCUUGUGGACGAGGUGUUUAGCAAUGCCAUCGAUUCGCUCUCGGAGGACGACCGCAAAUUGCCGCAAGUGGACAACAUUCUGCCCCUGUUGCGUCGUGGCAUUGGCAUCCACCACUCUGGUCUGCUGCCCAUCCUGAAGGAGGUCAUUGAAAUUUUGUUCCAAGAGGGCUUGUUGAAGGCGCUCUUUGCGACCGAAACCUUCUCGAUGGGUUUGAACAUGCCCGCCAAGACGGUUGUGUUUACGAGUGUUCGCAAGUUUGACGGCAAGGAUUUCCGCUGGGUGUCAUCUGGCGAGUACAUUCAGAUGAGUGGUCGCGCAGGUCGUCGUGGUCUCGACGAUCGCGGUAUUGUUAUUUUGAUGGUUGACGAGAAGAUGGAGCCUGCCGUCGCCAAAAACCUGCUAAAGGGCGAAGCCGAUCCUCUCAAUAGUGCCUUCUACUUGUCGUACAACAUGAUCUUGAACUUGCUUCGCGUUGAGGAAAUCAACCCCGAGUACAUGCUGCAGCGCUCCUUCCGUCAAUUCCAGAACAAUGCGGCGGUUCCUGCUCUUCACAAAAAGGCCCGCCAGCUCGAGCAACAACGCAACGCAAUCUCCAUCCCGAACGAAGACCGCGUCGCCGAGUAUUACCACCUGCGACAGCAACUCGAGCAUUUGCGCGUCAAUUUGAAAGAUAUUGUGAUGCAGCCUGCAAACUCGCUGCCCUUCCUGCAAGCCGGUCGUCUGGUCCACGUGACCGAUAACGAUCAGGACUGGGGAUGGGGUGCCGUCGUGAACUAUCACAAGAAGCUCACCAAUGCCAAAGGCAUGGCAGCUGCAGUGGACGGCUCGGACGCUGUGGUGGUUGUGGACGUGCUUUUGCGAUGCUCGCUCAAAACCAAGGGCAUUGAGCAACCGCGGCCCGUUCGCUUUGACAAUGAUAAGGCGGAAGUGCAAGUGGUACCCGUCGUACUUGACAAGGUGGACAAGAUCAGCACCAUUCGUAUUUAUCUUGCCAAGGAUCUCAAGAGCAGCGACAAUCGGCGUACAGUCGAAAAGUCGAUUCUGGAGGUCAAGCGACGAUUCCCCGAUGGCAUUCCAGUGCUGGAUCCUAUUGAAGACAUGAAUGUGCGCGAUGAUGGGACACGCAAAGUUGUCAAGCAAAUCGAGUCGCUUGAGCAGCGUCUCUUCUCGCAUGCAUUGCACAAGGACGCAAACUUGGAAUCAUUGUUCAAUCGCUACUCUGAAAAGAUUGCGCUUGGUGAAGAGGUCCGGGCUGCAAGGAAGCAACUCAAGCAGUCCCAGACCGUCCUCCAGAUGGACGAACUCAAGUGCCGCAAGCGAGUGCUGCGUCGACUGGGCUUCACAUCCUCGUCGGACGUUGUCGAUCUCAAGGGCCGUGUGGCGUGCGAAAUCAGCAGCGCCGACGAAUUGCUUCUCACCGAAAUGAUCUUCAACGGUGCCUUCAACGAGCUUGCCAUCGAGCAGGCUGUUGCGCUGCUCAGCUGCUUUGUCUUUGAGGAAAAGACCGAGUCGAGCGGCGCUCUCAAGGAGGAGCUUGCUGCCCCAUUGCGCCAAAUGCAGGAUGCUGCACGCCGCAUUGCCGAGGUCUCUCAAGACAGCAAGCUGGUGGUUGACAAAGAAGAGUAUGUCAACUCGUUCCGAUCCGAGAUGAUGGACGUGGUGCAUGCGUGGUCAAAGGGCGCCAAGUUUAUUCAGAUCUGCAACAUGACCCGUGUCUAUGAAGGCAGCAUCAUUCGUUGCAUGCGCCGGCUCGAAGAGCUCUUGAGGCAAAUGUGCCAGGCGGCCAAAUCCAUCGGUAACACUGAGCUUGAGAACAAGUUUGCUGCUGGUAUCACACUGAUCAAGCGCGAUAUCGUGUUUGCUGCCAGCUUGUAUUUGUAAAACUUGACGCAGCUUCCUUAAGCUCAACACCAAUACAAUUCAAAUAAAACCCGCAACAACACCACAA